AUGGCCAUGGUCAUCACCGUGACCGUGGACAUGACCAAGACUAUGACCAUGAUGAUGGCCCUGGCCAUGACGAUGUAUGGGGCGCACGAGCGAGGAGGAGGAGGAGCAGGAGGUCCGGGUGAAGGCGGAGGGCGAGGAGCCCAGGUGGGACGAAGCCGGAAGCCCCACGCCUGCGAGGAGUGCGGCCGGUCUUCCCCGCUGCUCGUCCACGAGAUGCUCCACCGCGGCCAGAAGCCCUACAAGUGCCUGGACUGUGGGAAGAGCUUCAGCCAGAGCUCCCACCUCCUGUCCCACCACGCGGUCCACACCCAGGAGAAGCCCUACGUCUGCCGGGACUGCGGGAAGAGCUUCCGGAAGAGCUCCGACCUGGCCAGGCACCAGACGGUCCACACGGGCCAGAAGCCCUUCAAGUGUCCCGUCUGCGGGAAGGCCUUCACCCAGAACUUCCGCUGCAAUGCCCACAAGAAGGUCCACGGCGAGGGCGAGGCCAACCCCCCGGCGUCUCCACCCCAGAGCAGCCACGAGGCCGCGGGUCCACCAGGGUCUCAGCAAGGUGAGAGACCCAUCUCCAUCCCCGUGGUCCAAGAUGACCGUCCCCAUCCCAAGGGUCUGAGCAAGGGACCCGUCUCCAUCCCCGUGGUCCUCACCACGAUGCCCAUCCCGGUUGGUGAG